CUUGGUGUACGUUCAAACAAUAGAGAGAGAAUGAAUGGCUGCAUUCAGCGGAGUCAACCGCUAAGUAGUAAUCGAAUGAUUGGUCUCUACUUUCAAGUCCGACCAAUCAGCGUCGAGUGAAUUAUUGUACAUUACCUCAAGCGAGUCAGGAAGAUCUGCUUCAUUCAUUUAAAAGUUAUUCCGACGUGACAAUGUUUCAUUAUACUGUACCAAAAGAUGUGUUUAGAGCUACAUGGCAUUUUGCCGCAUUUAUGGAUGAUCCAACCUGUCAACCACGGAAAGUUUAUAUACAUUUGAAAGUCGGUAGUUAUCCAAUAAUAACUUUAAAUAAUGGAAUAUUUCCAACAAGUGCUUAUACCAAACAGGAUGAUAGUAUUGUAAUUACUACGACCACAACAUAUCAACAAAAAAAUGCAACUAUUCUUCCAGUUUAUGGACCUCAAUCUGGGGAUUGGUUUGUAGCAGCUUAUAUGUCCUAUUGGGACGAGAGAGUACAACAACAGGGACUUGGACAUAAAUGUCGAUACAGUAUAGGCACAGUAGCACUAUGGUCUCAAGUGGAUAAUAUUGAGAAUAUUUCCGUUGGUUAUCAAAUGACAUUCCAAACGAGCACAACUACAACAUACUACAAAAUAUAUAUUCCAUCAGGAGUAUGGAGCUUCCGUUUAUCAGUUUGGAACUGUAAUUUCUUGUUACACAAUAUUCAAGAUAUUCGCGAACCUUGUAUUGAAACUAUGUCUCUAAAAGGACGUGCUUUGCCAAUACUUAACCAUCUUUAUCGCAAGGAAUCCAAAUAUUUAACUACAAAUGCUAGUUAUACUUUUACAGAACUUUCUCCUUAUGAAGAUAGUUAUUACUAUUUAUUAGUCAUUUCGAAAAGUGUUAUCGAGUUUAACGUCAAAGUCGAUAUAUUAGAGUGCCCAGUUAGAUUAACAGAUACAUCUUUUACAAGAAAAUAUAUCGGUACUUUUUUAAAUUUUAAUUCCGUAACGGGAUCAAAUACCAAAGAUGUAUUAAAAUACAAGUGGUCGUAUAAAGAAAAUAAUGUUAGCCGAUUUUACAAUAGAAACAAACUUUAUCAAAAAAAUGAAGAAUAUGAGAUUGAUAAUGAAUGUAUGCCAAGGUAUCAAUUGGUGCGCGUAAAACAUGCAGAGACAUUUUCAAUUGUUUAUCUCUUGCAGAGAAAAGAGUGGUUAAGUUCACAGUUAAUAUUAUCAGAUGCAACUCCGACAAUAAUGCAAUUUGAUAUUUUGCCAUUAAUCGAUAUUGGUGGCACACUUGAUAUCGACAUACAUUCAGAAGUAGAAAAGCUGCCUUCAAUACAACAUCAAUCGGCUUUGAUUACAAUAUGCAUUCAAAGAGAUCGUAUACCUAAAUUAGGAAACCUCCAUUCUUGUCAAAGUGAAACUUUAUCGAUGAAUCUGUCGUCAUUAAACAAGCACAAUACAAAUUUUUCAAUAGUAUAUCCACAACCAGGCACAUGGUAUAUUAUUAGCCAUAUGAUAUGUUAUAACUGGAAUGGUAAAUCUGUACAUUGCCAAUAUGGAGAGAUUUCGAUGAUAAUGAAUGUACGCAUCAGAAAGUGCAUAUUUUCUGAUCAAAAACCUUGCGGUAAUCAUGGUAUUUGUCAAGAAAUUCAAAAGAAUGUUCUUCAUUAUGCAACAUGCAAUUGUUUUAAAGGUUACACGGGAUGGGAUUGCACCGAUAUUUCGAAUACUAUCACUGCUAUUUCUUCUUUUAUGAGUGCCAUGCUGCUUAUUUUGAGCAAUGCUUUUUUUAUACCAGCUAUAUAUAUAGCUAUAAAACGGAAAUUAUAUGCAGAAGGACUAGUAUACUUAGCUACUAUGCUGUUUUCGUCGCUUUAUCAUGCCUGUGAUCAAAAUGGUGGGCAAUUCUGUAUUGUCAAGUAUGAAGUUUUACAAUAUAAUGAUUUCUUCUCGAGUAUUUUGGCGUUUUGGGUUACAUUAGUAGCAAUGGCAAAAUUACCGAUCGAUUGUAUACCAUUAUGCCAUAUGAUAGGAGUUUUUAUUAUCACUUUCAGUAUACAAAUUGACAAGAUGUCUUUGAUCAACAUUUUGGUACCAUUAUCAAUGGGUAUUAUUAUACCGAUUUUCACAUGUAUCUAUCGCAUUGUUAAAUCUAAAAAAUGCAACAAACCAAGUCUGAAAAUACUGCUGGGUUUAUUUCUCGCUUUUGCAGGAUUAUUACUUUAUUCCUUCAUUGAAACGGAGGAAAACUAUCAAUAUGUUCAUAGUGUGUGGCAUAUUGUCAUGGCGAUAUCAUUAAUAUUUUUGCUGCCAACAAGAUCGAAACAAACUAUAUCAUUGAAAAAUACUUUUUUCAAUAAUGAUGGCGAGUCAUCAUGGUGUUACAAAGAGUCCCAUGAAAUCCCUACAUUUACAUUAAUUGAUCAAGAAAUUCAAACAAUUGUGUCAAAUUAAAAAAUAUAUUUACGAUGUACUAUGAAUUUAUGAAUAGUUUUUUCAUUA